GUACCGUUGGCGCCAACACUUUAAUCGUUGCCCGGCACCGUGCGCCAUCACAACCAGCAUCUACGUCGCUCGCUCGAUCGCUACGAUCCGUAGGACUUUCCCAAUUUCAGGUCUCACCAUGAAGGUUGCUAUCUGCCUGUUCGCCCUCGUUGCCCUGGCCGUGGCCGCGCCCCAGCGCGACGGUGGCGCCCUGACCGAUGAAGCCAUCCGGCAGGCCCAGUCCCAGCAGCUGAUCCCGCAGGACGCCCAGAUCCAGGGCGUGCAGCAGGGCAUUCAGGUGGCCGCCCUCGAGUCCGUCCCCGGCAGCCAGCGCGUCGAUCUGUUCCAGCUGCUCGGCGAUCAGGUGCCGCGUGAAGUCAUCACCAACCUGCAGUCGCAGGUCGAUCAGGUCGGCCAGGUCUAAUCUCCAAUCUGUCCCAACCUUUCCGUCCACCCUUGUUUUCGUCUCCUCCAAAACGGAUGAUUCUCCGGAUUGCCGUGGUGGAAGCGACGAAGACGCAAUGUUCUAACUGCCUGAAGUGCUGGCUAUUCUUCCACGAAGGUGCCACCUACAAAGCUGUCUAAUGUUUAAGACACACUUUUCUGUACCGACAGAAUGGGCGUGUGUGUGUGUGCGUGCGUACGUGCGUGUUUGUUUUUUUUUAUUAUGUUACAAAUGUUGACUUUUUAAACUUAAUUAGCGAGAACCAGAGAGAAGGAAAAAUGACAUACAAGAGAGAGAUAGGAAUGCGUCAACAGCCCUGGAGAGAGAGGAAGAUGUACAAAAGGGAUGCGAAAAAUCAAGAUGAAACAAUAAUAACAACACCGUUCAAACAAA